AUGAAUGUGUUGUCACUAUCUAUCUCUGUUUGAAACAAUUCUAAUAAAACUGCAAUUGACAGAAGAAUUAAGGAUCGGUAUUGUUCUUUAGUUGCAGGCACAAACCUUUAGUUUUUUCAGCAGCAGAAGAAUAUAUAAUCAUGGGUAAAUUUUUGACUGUCAUGACUCACCUUCAUACUCUUGCCGGGCCAUCCGUGAUGUUGCUCUAUCCUCUAUAUGCAUCAGUAGUGGCUAUAGAGAGCACAUCUAAGUUGGAUGAUGAGCAAUGGCUUGCUUACUGGAUUCUCUAUUCUUUUCUCACUCUUAUGGAGAUGCUCCUUCAACCCAUGCUUCAAUGGAUACCUAUUUGGUAUGAUUUGAAGCUAGCAAUGGUAGCAUGGCUGGUUCUUCCCCAGUUCAGGGGAGCUGCUUUUAUUUAUGAGAAGUUUGUUAGGGAAAAACUCAUCACCAAAUAUGGAGCUCGAUAUUUCAGAGACAAAUCUUCUCCUCCUCCCAAGGUGAGCGUGAAACCCAGUGAAGAUCGGACUGAUUGA